UCUUGAAUCCAAGUUUACGGUUUGUUCAUUCUGCAACUCAAAAUUGAUGAAUAUAGGCGCAAAUGAUUGAAUCCAAAAUGUAUGGUUGCCACAUUUUCAAGUUUAAUUCCAACUUUCCAAGUCGACAUGCGGACCCUCUUGAUCUUCUUCUCGAAUAAGUUCAAUCUAAUGAUCAGGACCCAUUAACACUGUUUGGGGAUGAAAUAAGAUCAAAAUGAGAUUUCCUGAUUACCCAUAAGGAAACAGAAAUAUAUCUUUGGGGAUCUUGUACACCAUGUGUUUGGUGUAAGUUCUACUACUUUUUUCACCUUCAAUAUGAUGCUUAUAAGCUUUUUUUUAUUAUUUUUUAUGCUGGGUGUGUCAGAGACUCAGAGGAAGAGAAAGAAGCGGUUAUAUUAGGUAGUUCAACUGAGAUUUUGUACUGAAUAACAUAAUAUCAAAUGUCAUUUCUGAUGAAAAGUAAAAACUAUGCAACCGUGUUAUGCCUUUUAGCAUGUGCAGGCUGUUGUUAGUGUUACCAAUUGGGCGCUGCAUAGACCUUUCUUUCUUUCUUUCUUUUUAUUGCUGGUAUAUGAAAAGUCAGCUGGCAUCAGAAAGCCAAUCUGCCAGCUCAAAAAGUUUCAAAAUCAUAGCCUCACCAUUUCAAUUUGAGGAAAAGUAGGAAUCUGUAGUGCUAUGAUUCAAAAGUUGUCUUGGGAUCUAUUUUCAAGAGCUAACUUUUUCUAUACUUUCUUGUUUGUUUUAUCAUUAUUCUUUUGGGUGGGGUGGGAGUUGGUUAAGAAAUCCAAUACAAUUUUCUAAAGGGUAUCAUCAGAAUUCAUGUUGGUAAGGGGUUCUUUGGGCCACACCCGUUUAGGACACCAAUUAUAAUAGUUGGUGUUUUCAACUAUUAUAACCUACGAACUAUAAUAAUCAACUCAACGGCCAAGAUGUCCCCUAAAUGUUCUAACUAAGCAGCUAAGCAGCGCAUAAAAUUCUUAAAUAUGCCCUGUUUUGUAUGGACUCUCUUUGUUGGGUUGAUCCUCUUCCUCAACGGAUUGAAGGUUUUUGUAGGAUAGAUGUUUUUACUCUAUCAUUUGAGGUUUAAUGCAAGUUCUUUCUUUGAAGAGAAAAACAAAAAAAGUCAUCAUAUUGGUUCUCUCAUUCUUCCUCUUGAGUAUUAAAUAACAGACAUUACAUUUUCCAUUUUACUUUGCCGAACUCCAUGACGCUGAAAAAUUAAGGGUUUAUCUUUUAGGGAGAAAAAUUUUAGCAUUACAUCAGCACGAUAUAUUUCAAUAACUAAAAUCAAUAAAGAAGGAAUAUUGUUCUCCAUGAUACUUAUUUACAUUCAGCACCACUGCAACGUACCAGGACCAUAUUAGCUUUUAUAUUCUUAUAAUUCUAAAUUUAUGUUGGUUUCUAAUUUUUGGAAUUUUUAUUGAGCUAAUGCUUAGAACAAGGCUUGUUUUACAAGAAACUAGCCUUUCUUCUGAAGCUUUCUAAGGAUGUAGAAGAUAUUUCAAAAGGCAUUCUGUUUUGCUUUUUUUCUAAAGUUACUAAACCUAAGAUCUCUUUUUCUUUUUCCCAAUUUUAUUAAUUUUUUUAUUCUUUCUGAUGCAUCUUGGAUGACUCAGACAACAGAAAGUAAGAUUCACCUACAAUUUUCGAUCCCUUUAAAUAUAAUGGGAGGACCAAAGAAUGCUACACUAGUCAUUAAGCAAACAUAUCUUGAUUAUUGCUAGUAAAGGACAUCCUAGGCGAGUGGCUGCAGAGGUCGAGCCACUCCGAGCAAGACAAUUUGAAUAGCUGAAUUUUCUUUAUUCAUUAAUCAAAUAUGGAAGCUUUACUGCAGAGACAUGUUAUUGGAUUUCCAAUUGGAUCAGCAGCAUUACAGGUUGAGCAAUCAGUUCAGAGAUUCUUACCCGAUCUUGCUGGCCAAUACAACAUGCCCUCUUCGGACAGUAAAUAUCCAGCAUUAAAACAAUGUAGUAAAGCUUCAAUGCUUAGCAGGGUGAACAAGCUUGGUAAAAGAGCAGACAGCUUUGCGCAUGGAGUCCGGGAGCACGUGAGACUAGGAUCUAAGAUCACGGAAACUGUAAAGGGAAAGUUGAGCUUAGGUGCUAGAAUUCUUCAAGUAGGUGGAUUGAGAAAAAUCUUCAAGCAAUUGUUUAAUGUCGGAGAUAGCGAAAAAUUGUUGAAGGCUGUCCAUUGCUAUUUGUCAACCACAGCUGGACCCAUUGCAGGUCUGCUCUUCAUAUCCACAAAUAAGAUCGCCUUCUGCAGUGACCGAUCAAUCAAAGUUUCUUCCCCCACUGGAGAGCUAGUUCGAUUCCAUUACAAGGUAGUGAUUCCAGUAGGAAAAAUUGAGAGAAUCAAUCAGAGUGAGAAUGUGAAGAAGCCUUCACAGAAGUACAUGGAAAUAGUUACAGUUGAUAAUUUUGACUUCUGGUUUAUGGGAUUCUUAAAUUAUCACAAAACUCUUCAAUAUCUUCAAGAUGUGAUCUAUCAAGAAUGCAAGAAAUGCUAGAUGCUUGGAAGAUCAUUGAAGCAGAAAUGUUCAUUGUUUCCUUCCCCUUUUUUUAUCAUUUGAAAUAGGAGGAAAAAUUCACAAUACAAUUUACUCAAUUGUACAAAUUCUCUUGUGAAUGCAAGUUGUUAUGUUCUUCA